UAAAUUACGUGUUAUAUAAAAACAACGUACAUAUAGUGCGGUAAGGCUAUCGACACUUUAGUCUAUUAUCGUUAAGAGUCCGAAUAAGACAUCGAAUAGUGUUGUUGGUUUAAAUCUUCUCUCCUUUUCACACCUUGAUGAACACUUAGUGCAACAAGGAUAACGAGUGUUUUAAUUAUGUUUAAAUUUUUCUCGAUUGGUUUGAUAGGAUGUUUCGGUAUACACUUAACACAGUGUUACGAAGUGCCGCCGGCAAAACUAGAAGCAAUAUCUCCUAAAGGCUUACGAGUAUCUAUUCCAGAUGAUGGAUUUAGUCUCUUCGCUUUCCAUGGAAAGCUCAACGAAGAAAUGGAGGGGUUGGAAGCCGGAGAAUGGUCAAGAGACAUAACUAAAGUCAAAAACGGAACAUGGACCUUCAGAGACAGAGACGUGCACUUGAAAAUUGGUGAUAAAAUUUACUUUUGGACGUUUGUCAUCAAAGAAGGCAAGGGUUAUAGACAGGACAAUGGUGAAUGGACAGUUACAGGUUAUGUCAAUGAAGCCGGCGAUCCUGUCAAGUCAGAUGAAAGCACAUUUUCUUCAGGAAAUACUUCUGAGUCAAAUAUAUAUCCAUGUGAAUUAUCAGAAUCUAAAGUGUCUGUACCAGGCUUUGUCUGCAAAGGUCAGUUGUUAUUUGAAGACAAUUUCAAUUCUGGUAUCGAUAAAGGAAAAAUAUGGACGCCUGAAAUAAAAUUUCCUGGAGAACCAGAUUACCCAUUCAAUGUUUAUUUAUACGAUAGGAAUAUUAAUGUCCAUGAAGGUAUAUUAAGCAUCAAACCAAUAACACUUGAAUCGAAAUACGGAGAUGGACACGUGAGCCAAUCUUUAGACUUAACUGCAAGAUGCACAGGAUUGAUUGGCACAAAUGAAUGUCGACGUGAAGCCUUUGGCCCACAGAUCCUCCCUCCUAUCAUCACUGCCAAGAUCACUUCAAAGAAAUCCUUUAAUUUUAAAUACGGGCGUGUUGAAGUCAGAGCAAAAAUGCCGCUGGGUAACUGGCUUAUACCAGAAAUCCAAUUGGAGCCUCAGGACAAUAUUUACGGUCCCCAAAACUAUGCUUCGGGCUUGCUCCGUAUUGCAACCGUUAAGGGUAAUAUUGAGUAUUCGAAGAAGCUGUACGGAGGACCCAUCUUAGCUGAUAGUGAACCAUUUAGAUCGAAGCAUUUAAAAGAAAAAAUUGGAUUUCAACAAUGGAGCAAGAGUUUUCAUAAUUACACAUUAGUGUGGAGAUCAGAUGGCAUCUCUCUUUAUGUUGAUGGUGAAAAUUACGGUAAAAUUUCUCCAGGAGAAGGUUUUUCGGCUGAAGCAAAGGAAAACGGAGUUAUCGCUGCUUCACAGUGGGCAAAAGGAACGGUGAUGGCUCCUUUUGAUGAAAUGUUCUAUAUCUCGUUAGGCCUAUCUGUGGGUGGUAUUAACGAAUUUGCAGAUAGUUCAAACAAGCCCUGGACAAAUACAGCUACGAAAGCCAUGCUUAAAUUCUGGGAAGAACGCGGGCAGUGGAUUUCGUCCUGGUUCGAAGAUGAUACUGCACUUAAAAUCGACUACGUUAGAGUUUAUGCCAUAUAAAAAUUAUGCUAAGUCAUAGCCAUAACCAAAAGCGUGAAGAAAGUUUGUAGAAAGGUCUUCGAAAAUUAGUUCGGUUCCCGAAUACUACACUCUAAGAGCUCCAACAGCUGACACCCGAAAUUCAUAUUCAAAUUCAUUUAUAAUGGAUUGAUGGAUUUUUGAUUAUUUUGGUAAUAACGUUUCUCGAUGGUAAAUAGAACAUCAAUUUAUGUGUUAGCAUAAUAUUGUUAAUAGAAAAAUAUAAAUCACUUCUUUAUUUCAGAUUCAUAAAGAUAUAAUUUCCUCAAUAAAAUAUCUA